CUUCCGUUAAAUUAACCUCAACUAAAACGUUGGAAGGAAAACCAGAUGAAAGUGUUAACAUUGUAAUUUUAAAUCAUAUACGUUUUUGAAAUGUAUUGUAAUUAGUAGUUAAUGUUGCUUGAGGUGACGUAAUGUUGGUUUAAAGAGACGAGACACAACCCGGAACGGAAAAAACCGCCACCGCCGGACGGAUAAUACAGUCCAGAUUCCGUCACACAUGAAUCGUUUGCUUUCCCAAAAAAACAAACUAAGGAGUGAAUUUUGUUCUCAUUUUCACUGCUGAACCGACAUUUUACUGCCCAACCGACAACUGCGGAUGAAAAAGAUGAGGGACAAUUUAAAGGGAAACCGUCCUCGUCUUCCUCUCUCCGCUCUUCGUCUCCUGGUCUCACCGGUCCGUCUGGUCUCUGCAGCAGUCUGGCAGACCGUAGAGCAGAAGGCAGUGGCUCAUUAUGGGGUGCUGGAGGAGUUUGUUUCCAUGGUUACAGACCUUGUCCCGGAGCUGCUCACCACCCGACAGAGGGCCCAACUGGUCCUGGGCCUGAGAGCGCGGCUCAUUCUGGAGUUAUGUCAGUGUGAAGAUUCCGCUCACUCAGAGGUUGUUCAGCCUCACCUGGACAGGAUGCAGACGCUAAUCCAGGCCUGUGUAAAGGAGGCUGGAACCACAAAUGUAGACGUGCCAAACUCAGACUUUGUGGAUUUUGUGAAAGACAUGUUGAAAGAUCCAGAGACGAGAGACAACUUCUAUGAGACAGUUUUCCCUGAAGAGUUUGGUCCUGCGUUUGACGAAGCUCUGUGCACUCUGACAUCGCUGCUUCUGUGCAGACUGGAGAAGUUUCUUCCUCUUCACACUUUCCAACAGGUUGCCUCCAUGUUUGGCGACGUGUCAUCAGUUCUGCAGGACUGUAUGGCGCCCGUGUCUCAGGGGGACGAGCUUAGAAUCGUCCUGCAGUAUCACAAAGAAAACAGUCAGCUUGACCACAAUGACGGUUCCUUGGAUGGUGCCUGUAUUAUUUCAGCUCUCAAACUUCACUCUGUAAAAACAACAGUGGCGCGUAGAAAACACGCACAAGACGCCAUCUUGGAUCAAGUUCCAUCACACACGGGGACUGAGGUCGUACCAUCGUCUCGUACAACGCAAACAAACACCGACACAAUCCCGCAGUGUCGCCCGGUUGAGAUAAAACUUCACAAAACUAACUUUGCACCUGGAGACAUUAUUGAAAGCAUCACAAGACGUCUCGGCACAUCGCCGUCGACACAGCUCCGACCCGUGAGACAAAACGGAGGUCUGAAGAUGAAAACGCUUCUACUUCAAGAGAAAGGAGGACUUUGCGAAGAGGACAAACAAACGUCUCCCUGCAAAUGGGUUGUAUCGGUCAACGAGGAUCCAAGCAUCUCCAGGAACGACUCGGCAGAAACGGCUCCUGGCGCUGAUUGCAGUGACGAUGACUCGUGGUCUUACUAUUCGGACGAUGACCCUUCCCGUCGCAGUUCCAGUUCGUCUGAUUCUUGGUCUUACUACUCGGACGCCGCCUCGUCUUUGGCGUCUCCUGGUAAAACUCCGACUGAUUCACUGUCCUGCUCCUCAAAUGAGGACCUUUCCUUCAACGGUCCGAAAACUUUAUCCUCUUCAGAAAUAAACCCCGGAAUCCCCGACACGGAUUUUGUGGAACGGCUAAAACCGUACAACGCUCACUGCCUUCUCUGCAAGGAGCUCAUUAACACAAGUUUGAAAGCUCACAUGAAAACGCACUUCCCCUCGGAGAACUACACCUGCCCCUUCUGCAACAAAACAUUCAAGCUCUACAUGUCUCUACAGAGGCACUUACGGGGAAGCUGCUCAGAUUCUACGAGGCAGCAGAUCAUUGUGGAGAAACCUAAAGUCGCCAAGAACCUUUACAAAUGUGACAAAUGCCAAGAUGCGUAUUAUGACGAUUUUUCCCUGGCCAGGCACAAAAUAACCCACCACGAGUUGUACUGCAGCGUGUGCAGGAGGGUGUUACGAGACGCGGCGACGUUGGCGAGACACAAGGCGUCGCACACCACGUUUCAGUGCAUCCGCUGCGAGGAGACCUUCACCGUGUUAACGCUGUUACUCAGACACUGCGAGAGGGUCCACCGACUCAGCAGACCGUUCAAAUGCAUCCACUGCCCCAAGACGUUCCCCAGGCUCCGCGCCCUGAUCCUCCAUGAGGGGAGACACACGGGUCACCUGCCGUUCCAGUGCGCCCAGUGCGGCUCUCGAUUCCGGAGUCACACGGAUCUCGUUUACCACGAACGCGUCCACACGAGGGAGAGGCCAUGCCUGUGUCCGGUGUGCGGAAAGACGUAUUCCCAGAACUCCAGCCUGAGGCGUCACCUGAAAGUCGUCCACAGUGAGUUUCGUAACGAAAAGAAGCAUUCCUGCUCGCAGUGUGAGAAGUCCUUCAAGGAGAAAGAAUCGCUGAAGAAGCACGAGCAGACCGUCCACCUCAACGAGGGAUCGCAGAAGACGCACCAGCAGAGCAGCCACCUCCAUGAGGGAUCGCUGAAGAAGCACCAGCGGGGAAGCCACGUGAUACGGUUUCCGUGUCAAAUCUGUGGGAAGUUGUUGUCCCAGUCGUCGGUCGUCAGACACAAACUGAUCCACACGGGAGAGAGACCGUAUAAAUGCACGGUGCCCAGAUGUGACAAGAACUUCCGGUCAGGGACUGAGGUGAAGAUUCACAUCCUCCUGCAUCAUACGUCGGAGAGGCCGUUCAAAUGCAACGUCUGUGGAAAGGGCUUCAUAAGGCUGGGAUUUCUCAACGAACACACUAAAAUACACUCGGGAGAAAAGACGUUUGUUUGUCCCGUAUGCGGGAAAGCUUUCCUCAAGCUCUACCUCAUGAGGGCACACAAAAAGAAGGUUCAUGCAUUUGCUAAACAGUGAAUCUAAGGCCCCGGUCACACCUGGUAUUAAACCAGAACUAUGCAGGACCCUGAUUAAACCGUCAUUGUGAUGGUUAAAUGUCUUGUUGUAGGGAGAUAGGGGGCUGUCUCCACUGACCCCUACUGGCUGUUCGAGUAAAACCAGACGUCAGCAGAUCAGGUUCUGUUUUUCCACUGUGGGCAGGGUCAACUGCCGUGACUUUGUUUUUAUAUGCAGUUAUUUUCCAUGUACUGAAUCAUCAGAAUCGGUUAAUUAAAAAGAUUCGCCAUCUAGAUCAA